AUGGCCGAUCUCCGCUCUGGUUCCUACAGGGAUCUGGUCCAGAAACAUGAAACAGAACUAGAGAUUUUGUUGGCACAAGGCAUUUUCAAGCCAGUCUUUAUGUAUCAUGUCCUUAUAUUCAACACUCUCCCGCUGGUAGGCCUGGUUGUCCCUCGCUCCAGAAGCACCCGAUAUGUUCGACCAGUGAUUUUGGCCCUGAGCCUUGGUAUUGCCAUCGAGGUGCUGCAAAAUCGAAGAACUCUGCUCGGGGGGAAUGGGUACAUGAUCGGGUUAAUGACGGCCUGGUGGCUUGUAUGGAGUGCUACGCUGUUCAUAUUCAGCGAUCUCGAACAGGACUUUCGGCGGAUCGAGCGAGAGACUGCUUCUAAGGCUGGGCCUCGGAAUGGCUCCAAGUGUGCUCUAUUGACCAACGUUGAAGAUACUUCGGACUCAAAAGACGAGCAAGAAAAUUGCUUUUCCCGUGGUAAGUAUGCGUUGGUGGACCAGCAGGUUGUCGAAGAGGACAAUCCCCGAAUUGCAGCUGGGAAGAUCGCCACUGCAACGGAUGCCGAACAUGAAAGCUUUCAUUGGCAGUCUUAUCCUAAGAAGCUCUCACAUCGUCUCGACUGGUGCGCAGGACUGUUGUUUAACCUGCGGGGGCCAGAAUGGAACUGGCGAGCACCUCAUUUGGGCCCUCUUCCUCGGCCAGUCCACGCUCAAUUGCAUCCCGGAUUCGUCUCGAAUAAAAUGCAUACACAUGAUGACACUAGCUUCAUGACUGCUAAAAGGCGUCUUCAAUGUGCCUUCACAACAUGCUUCAAAUCAUACCUACUCCUAGAUAUCCUGAAGGUUGUGAUGAUGCGAGAUCCUUACUUCCAGGGCGUGGCUACCCCCGAGUCGGCGCUGCCAUUCCCCUUCGCUUGGCUUGCGUACCACCAUCUGCUAGUCCGAUUCUACCAUUGCUUCCUCAGCUGCGUGGGGGUCUUUGUCGCACUCAACUUCGUGACAUCCUUCAGUCCGAUUAUCUUCCUCGGUCUGUCCCUCGCCUUUCCCAACGCAUCCCGGAAGUUGACGGCUACGUCACUCGAUGUCCCAUGGCUGUACGCUGAUACAUUCGGUCCCUUUCUCUCCCCGAUUCUGGACCACGGACUGGCCGGCUGCUGGGGCCGCUGGUGGCACCAGCUCUUUCGGUAUGGCUUCACCGCCACAGCGCGUUGGGUUUUGUCGUGCCUUCCUGCGACCUGGGCCGCUCGUCCCCCAGUAAAACGGACCAUCUAUGUCGUGACGGCUUUCUCGCUGAGUGGGUUCGUCCAUGCCUGUGGUAGCCACACGCAGUUCACUAACACACAUCCCCUCUCGGGCUCAUUCCUUUUUUUCUCUAUGCAGAUUGCUGCAAUCAUGGCCGAAGGAUUUUUCAAGACCUCGGUGUUUCCCAAUAUACCUCUUGCCAGUACGCCGCGGGGGCUGAGACGCACUGCAAAUAUUGUGUUUGUGUUCUUUUGGCUCUUCUUCUCGGGGGCUUUCAUUGCAGAUGAUUUCGCUCGGGGCGGGCUGUGGUUGAUGGAACCAAUUCCCAUAAGCCCCCUCCGAGGCCUGGGGAUUGGGUUACAGGGUGAAGGGUGGUGGUGUUGGAAGGGCCCCUGGUUUCGCUAUUGGAGCGAUGGGACAUACUGGGGGAGCGGCGUGCGGGUGAUAUGA